CUCCCUUCCACUGAUCCAUGGCAUGGGGACGUCGAUGAGGAUCGUUUGUCAGCAUCACAUGCGAUAAAUAAAAGAAAUAAUCCCGAAGAAAUAAAGGAUCGCUCCCUGCGCCGGCCAAAUCUUUGAGGGGAAUUGAUCGCAAUAAAAAGGUUUCGACGAGGUGAGGAGCCACGGCGAGCGUAUCCUCUCCUUAUAUGCCCAUCCUCGGUGAUCCGAUCUCCUCCUUCCCUCGCCCCAUUCCUCGAUUCUCUACAACGCCGGCCGCAGCGCGCCUCGGCGGAUCCAGUCAAAAUGGAAGGAUCUGGCAGAGGAGGGGGCAAUGCUGAUGUGGUUUUGCAAAAUUACAAACUAGGAAAGACUCUUGGUAUUGGCUCAUUUGGUAAGGUGAAGAUCGCUGAGCAUUUAUUGACAGGGCACAAAGUUGCCAUCAAGAUACUCAAUCGCCGUAAAAUAAAAAACAUGGAAAUGGAAGAAAAAGUGAGGCGAGAGAUCAAAAUAUUGAGAUUAUUUAUGCAUCCACAUAUCAUCCAUCUCUAUGAGGUAAUAGAGACACAGUCAGACAUUUAUGUUGUGAUGGAGUAUGUUAAGUCAGGUGAGCUAUUUGAUUAUAUCGUUGAAAAGGGCAGGCUGCAAGAAGAUGAAGCUCGUCGCUUUUUUCAGCAGAUUAUAUCUGGCGUUGAAUACUGUCAUAGAAACAUGGUAGUUCAUCGAGAUUUGAAACCAGAAAAUUUGCUGUUGGAUUCAAAAUGUGACGUUAAAAUUGCUGACUUCGGCUUGAGUAAUGUCAUGCGUGAUGGCCAUUUUCUGAAGACUAGCUGUGGGAGCCCCAACUAUGCUGCUCCCGAGGUAAUUUCUGGGAAAUUGUAUGCUGGGCCUGAGGUCGAUGUGUGGAGUUGUGGUGUUAUUCUUUAUGCUCUUCUUUGUGGAACCCUACCCUUUGAUGAUGAGAACAUACCCAACUUAUUUAAGAAAAUAAAGGGCGGGAUAUAUACCCUUCCUAGCCAUUUGUCUGCUCUUGCACGCGAUUUAAUUCCCAGAAUGCUGAUUGUUGAUCCUAUGAAGCGAAUAACCAUUCGGGAGAUUCGAGAACAUCCAUGGUUCCAGACUCGUCUUCCUCGUUAUUUGGCUGUACCUCCACCAGAUACUAUUAUGCAAGCUAAAAAGAUUGAAGAAGACAUUCUUCAGGAGGUAAUCAAAAUGGGCUUUGACAAGAACCAGUUGGUUGAAUCUCUUCAUAACAGAAUUCAGAAUGAGGCAACCGUUUCAUAUUACUUGCUUCUGGACAAUAGGUUCCGUGCUAUGAGUGGCUAUCUUGGGGGUGAUUUUCAAGAAACUAUGGAUUAUGGUUUCUCACGCAUGGGUGCAAGUGAAGCUCCAGCUAUUGCACAUCAUCUACCAGGAUAUAUGGAUCCACUGGGAAUUGGUUUGAGACCGUCUGUUCCUGUUGAGAAAAAAUGGGCUCUUGGACUUCAGUCUCGAGCUCAUCCUCGUGAAAUAAUGACGGAGGUCCUUAAAGCUCUACGAGAACUAAAUGUUUGUUGGAAAAAGAUUGGACAUUAUAACAUGAAAUGCCGAUAUUUUUUUGGCAUUUCUGAUCAUGCAGAGAGCAUGUUCAAUGAUUCCCUGCAUGCUAACCAUAGUGUUAGCGAUGAAUCUGCCAUUGUUGAAAGUGACAAUGUUUCUGGGAAAGAAUUCAGCACGAUCAAGUUUGAAAUCCAGCUCUACAAGACCAGGGAAGAGAAGUAUCUCCUCGACUUGCAGAGGGUGAGCGGGCCGCAGCUCCUCUUUCUCGACCUAUGUGCUUCCUUCCUUGCACAGCUUAGGGUCCUAUAACCUUGGAAUUUUCUUCGAGGUUCUCUUGCUCCUUUCUUGUGAAUAUGGAAUUGCUUUACAUCAAACGGAUACACAUGUCACUUUGACCUUGUUUCUCUCAUUCAGCGCCUGGCUCAAUGAGUUUGCUUUCUCAAAUGACUGCCUGUUAGUUAUGCCAAUUAUCACAUAACUAAUUAUGCUACUUAUCCACGCUACUGUGGAACUGGUUUAAAUAUGAUGUACUUACUAUUUUUUUUUUUU